AUGAAUACUCCAGGAAUUCGUUAUCUCCUGGCUCUUCUGAUGGCCGCCACAGCCGUUGCCUUGGCGAGCGACUGUUCGUCCUCUUGCACUUGCAAGUGGAAGCAGGGUAAAGAAACGGCUGAGUGUCGCCACAAAGGACUGCAGACUUUGCCUGCACACCUAGAACCAUCGACACAGGUCAUCGAUCUGUCGUACAACAACAUACAGAGACUCCCCAAUCAGGCAUUUCUGCAAGAGAAACUCACAAACUUACAGAAGAUAUAUCUGAUAAGUUGCAAUAUACAAGAAAUAGCUAAUGGAGCCUUUCAGGAACUAAGCAACUUGGUCGAAAUCGACCUGAGCAUGAACCUCCUAAAAAGAAUCCCAUCACAGGCCUUCAAACACACGCCUGAGCUGCGCGAACUCUACCUCCAAGGCAACUCUAUCCAGCACAUAGAAUUAGGCUCUUUCAGCCACUUGCAGUCUCUGAAAAGCCUGGACCUCAGCAAAUGCAACAUCACCACGAUAGCCGCUCGUGCGUUUGAACCUCUGAGAAUGCUAGAGAAGUUGAAGCUCCAUGCCAAUAAGCUGACCACUCUGCAACCCCGUCUAGUGGAGAGCUUGCAGAACCUUCAUUUAGUCACAGUGCAUGAAAACCCCUGGAUCUGCGACUGCCGGUUGAGGAAGCUGCGAGAGUGGCUGGUGGUGACCCGCGCGCCACACACGAUUUCCCCCGUGUGUUCCUCUCCUCCUCGAGUUCAGGGCCAGAACUUCGACAGCAUGGACGAAGAUCAGCUUGCCUGUCCCCCCGAAAUCCUCCCGACGGGGCGCAAGAUCGAAAGUGUCGCAGGAGAUAACGCCACCAUUUGGUGUCCUGUAGGAGGUCUCCCUACUCCAGGUGUGACCUGGUACGUUCGUGACAUAGCGGUGGAGAAUGGCUCCAUAGUAGGUGGAGCAGGUGCCCAGGGGUAUAUCCUGAAUGAGGCCACUGAGGAGCGCGGGAGCCUGCUCGUAAUAGCAGAUGCCACCGUUCAGGAUUCCGGCUUGAACAUCCGAUGCGUUGCGUCAAAUGCUGCCGGCAGUGCAUCUGCAACCUUUAUUUUGACUGUCAGCAAUCGGGUGUCCGGCCUCGCAGGGUUCUCGGCCGACAAAAUUGCUGCAAUAUCAUCUGUAUUUGUAGUGGUUGUAGCCUUGCUUAUAGGAUUUUUUUCCUUGCUGGCUCGUCGCCGGAACUCCCACACGCCGGUUCCCAUAAAAACCGUAACGGUCAACGGCGCCACCGAGUCUCGCAUUGCUGAUUUCCAUUACACUCCUUCUGCGUACGUCGGGGGGAUCGGUGGUGGCGCCCUCGGACAACCCCGACCUCCUUUGCGAAGCAGAACCCAACUCCGAAGUGGAGACCGCCGACGGAUGCACGACGGACGAAGGGAGCCAACACUCCCUCUGCAGCAACACGCCCAGGUUGAACGGACACAGCCGCAGCCACACCGUGUCUCUCGACGGCGACUCGCACAAGGCGGUGACUUGUCCGUACGACUCGAUGUGGGCGCCUGA